UCAGAGUCACACCACGGCACAAACCAACCACCUGGAACCAACCAGCAUGGCAAACAACAUGACAAGCACCAAACAAACAACUCACUCAAGACUAUAUAAAGAUGGAAGAACUGCCAAUCAACAUCCGAUCUCACCAUCCACCACCCCAUUGUACCAUACACACUCUCACCAUCACAAUUAUCAACGACACUUACCCAGACCUUACUUACCAAACCAUACAAGAUGCCUUUCCAGAAGAGCCAGCUACUCACAGCCAUCCUCCUCAUCUCGGCCGCAUCUGCCCGCUCGAUCGCGCAGUUAGAAGGUAGAUCGAUCACUGCUCACGAUGGAUUAGCAGAGAGCAACCUCCACCUCUUGAAGCGGAAGACUACCUCUACUACACCUGCCCCAAAGGACGGCUCUCAGACCACACCCGACCCGACCACACCCAACCCUUCACCCCUCCUUCCAUCACCUGGGACGACGCCUGCCAACCCCAGCCCAUCUGAUCAACCACCAUCAACCGGAGCUGAUCCAAAGUUGUCUUCAGGGAAAGAGGUCGGACAAAACGCUAAGGAUGGAGCUGGAAAAGAGAAACCAGCAGACGAUCCGACUAACAAAGCCGCCGGCUCAAAACCCUUAACCGAAGAAGAGAAACAUAAGAGGAUAGAAGAUGCCAUCACUAAAUCAAAGAAGAGAGUCGACACUUGGAAGCAGAAGAUUGCGCAGGAACAAGCGAAAAUCGACAAGCUAACUGCCAAGCUUAACGAGAAGCCCGACAAGUCGAAGGCAGGAGCUGAUCCAAAGAAGAAGGGAGGCGAUCCCAAACCGAAGGACCAAGACAAGAGCGGAAAAGGCAAGCAAGCUGAUGCCAAACCCGCCGAUGGGGAGAAGCCCGUCGAUGCCAAACCUGUCGAUGGAAAGCCUGCUGGGGACAAGCCUGCCGACGGGAAAUCUGCCGACGGGAAAUCUGCCGGCAAGAAGCCCACCGGGAAACCCGCUGGCAAGAAACCCGCCGAUGGCAAACCAACCGAAGACACACCGGUCGACGCCGGGCUCGGAGGCGCUGCAGGAGGUGCCGCAGGAGGUGCCGCAGGAGGUGCCACAGGAGGUGCUGCAGGAGGUGCUGCAGGAGGUGCCGCGGGAGGUGGUGCAGGAGGCGCGGCAGGAGGCGCGGCGGGAAACGCUUAACCGGCGAAUCACCACUCCGUCUGAUCGAAUCCCCCUUCGCAAACGCCGCCGGGCAGUGGUUUCGAUUUCUUAUCUGUCUCUUUAUUUCCUCUCAAUCGUUGACUUGAUCGUCAUCGUCCUCAUCUUUUUUUUUCCUUCCAUAUAUCUUUCUUAGCCAAAAGGCCCUUUGACAGGCGAUCUCUCAUCAUAUAUAAGAUAGACAAAUGUAUAAGCAUAUAUAUGUAUCCUCCAUUCACGAUUUUUUUAAGAGUUUGAGAUCUCGAAGAUCAUGUAUUUUUUAGAUUUCCUUCUGUUUGUUCUUUUUCCGCUGAUAUCGAAAUAUAUCAUCCUGUCGUUCCCUCAUCA